AUGGGGAGCGUGCUACUCACGGCUGUGUUCAUAGCGUUACAUUUUGCUACCGGCCUGGCCAACCCAGAUUCUAAGCGUUUAUAUGACGACUUGCUGAGCAACUAUAACCGAUUGAUACGGCCCGUGGGCAACAACUCCGAUAGAUUAACAGUUAAAAUGGGUCUGAAACUUUCGCAGCUCAUUGACGUGAACCUUAAAAACCAAAUCAUGACUACUAACGUGUGGGUAGAACAGGAAUGGAACGAUUAUAAGCUCAAAUGGAAUCCAGAUGACUACGGUGGAGUGGACCAGCUCCAUGUGCCAUCGGAGCACAUUUGGCUACCAGAUAUUGUGUUGUAUAAUAAUGCGGACGGUAACUAUGAGGUGACAAUAAUGACAAAAGCAAUUUUACAUCAUACGGGUAAAGUAGUAUGGAAACCACCUGCCAUUUAUAAAUCAUUUUGUGAGAUCGAUGUUGAGUACUUUCCAUUUGACGAGCAAACAUGUUUCAUGAAAUUCGGCUCGUGGACGUAUGAUGGAUAUUUGGUGGAUUUGCGCCAUCUCCAGCAGACGCCAGAUUCGGAUCGCAUCGAAGUGGGAAUAGAUUUGCAAGAUUACUAUAUAUCAGUUGAAUGGGACAUUAUGAAGGUGCCUGCCGUUAGAAAUGAAAAAUUUUAUAGUUGUUGUGAAGAACCAUAUCUGGAUAUUAUAUUUAAUAUAACGUUAAGGAGAAAGACACUUUUCUACACCGUAAACUUGAUCAUACCUUGCGUUGGGAUAUCGUUUCUCUCCGUACUAGUGUUUUAUUUGCCCAGUGACUCCGGCGAAAAGAUAUCAUUAUGUAUAAGUAUAUUACUGUCACUCACUGUGUUUUUUCUACUGCUGGCUGAGAUCAUUCCACCAACGUCACUAACGGUUCCGCUGCUAGGCAAAUAUUUAUUAUUCACGAUGAUGCUAGUCACAUUGUCCGUAGUUGUUACCAUUGCCGUACUGAACGUUAACUUUAGGUCACCCGUUACGCACAAAAUGGCACCAUGGGUGCAUCGAAUUUUUAUAGAACUAUUGCCUAGGGUGUUAUGUAUAGAAAGGCCGAAGAAGGACGACGAACCAUCCGAAAACGAGGAGCAGCCGACCGAGGUGCUGACGGACGUGUUUCAGGUGCCUCCGGAUGUGGAGAAGUACGUUGGCUACUGUGGGAAAGAUUUCAGUACGGAUUUUGACAUUCCUGCACUGCCACCGUCACGUUUCGACGUAGCCGCGUCGGGUGGCGUUGGUCCAUGUUUUGGCGAGCCACCGCUACCAGCACUGCCAUUGCCAGGUGGAGACGACGAUCUCUUCAGUCCAACCGGCAACGGGGACAUGAGUCCGAACUGUUGCGGGGAUCUAAGCCCAACCUUCGAGAAGCCCAUGCUGCGUGAAAUGGAGAAGACGAUAGAGGCUUCGAGAUUCGUUGCUCAACACGUUAGGAAUAAGGAUAAAUUUGAGAGUAUAGAAGAAGACUGGAAAUACGUAGCACUUGUCCUAGAUCGCUUAUUUCUGUGGAUAUUCACGAUAGCUUGCGUAAUGGGAACGGCUCUGAUCAUCCUGCAGGCACCCAGCUUAUACGACCAUACCGAGCCGAUCGAUGCCAUGUACUCGAAGAUUGCCAAAAAGAAGAUGGAGCUGCUCACGAUGGGCAGCAAGAAUGUAUAG